AUGGCUGAUAUCCUUUCACUUGAACAAUUAGUGUAUCUGUCCUUGGGUGAUCCUGAGGCAGGUGCUGUGAAUUUUAAUGUAUUAAAAACUCUUCUUUUACAAAUGCUUAAAGCAAUGAAUUUAUAUAAUUAUAAACCAACAAUGUCUGAUGAUGAUCAACGUACACUUAAAGAAGCACUUUCAACAUCAACAACAACAACAACAUUACCGAAGCAACACGUUACUUUCGAAGAACAUGAACCAUCAACUAGUGACAAUGAAAAUGAAACAAAUAGAAAAGCUCGACGAAGAAUACGUGAUCGAAGUUCUGAUCGUCUUAAUGCAUUAGAAGAAAAAGUAUUUCGUUUUGAAUCUCAAUUAAAUGCUCUCAAUCAAAUACCAUCAAAUUCUGAAUUAAUUGAUCGAACUAAACAAAUGCCGAAAAAAACAUUGGAUCAUGAUGAACAAGUUAAAACAACUGGUCGUCAUGGACCCAUACUUGAAAUUUGGCAAUAUACACAAAUGGAAAAAAGAAUUGAAUCAGCUGAAAAUGGAAUAACACGACUUGCUUCAUUACUUCAAGAUCUUUUAUCAGAAAUGAAUGAUUUAAAAGAAUCAAAUGAAACAAUGAAACAAACAACAGAUGAACUUAAAAAACAACAAGAUGAACUUAAACAUUUAAUUGAUAUGUUAAAUAGUGAAAAACUUGAUUGGGCUAAAAAAUCUGAUAUUGAAGAUUUAGAAGAAAAAAUUCGUAAUUUACAAAAUUUAAUCUCAUCAUUACGAGAUCGUCUUAAUGAUUUACCAAAAGAAAAUAAUAAUAUUAUUUCAAUGCCUGAUUUAACAGGUUAUGUUACAUGGGAUCGAUUAGAAGAUGCACUUAAAGGUAUUCAAGAAUCACUAGAAAAAUCCUCACAUGAUGCCGCAGAAGCUUUAGCUUCAGCUAGAGAAACUCGACCACCACCUAUACAAAUGAUUGAACGACAAAGUCAAACUUCAGCUAAACGAAAGGAUUCACCAUCAACUGUAAUUAGCAGUAUUCCAUCGGAUAGUCUUGCUGUAAUUUUGGAAAAACUUGGAACAUUAAAUAAUCGACAUGAACAAUUACGAGCAUUAGUUGAAGCACUUGAACAAAAAAAACUUAAUCGCGAAGAGUUUGAAGCAUUUAAAAACCAACUAAAUAAUUUAGUCGAUCGUUUAGCAGCGCUCGAACGAAGUAUUGAUAAUUUUCAAUCACAACGAACAAAUGAUACUUCGGCUCCAGUACCGAUACGUGAAAUUAUUAAAGAAGUUCCUUCACAAACACGAACAGAUUAUUCUGGUGACAUGUCCGAUUUUCGAACAGCUUUACAACGUUUACGUGAAGAAUUAGAUCGACUUAAACAACUUGUACAAGAUUUAAUAAAUAAAGGAAAUUUAUCUGCUCAAGAUAUUGAUACUUUGAAAAAAUUAAUUCAACAAUUAGAACAAACAAAAGCUGAUAAGACAUAUGUUAACAAUGAAUUGGAUAAAAAAGCAGACAAACGAGAUAUUGAAAAUCGAGUUUUAAAAAGAGAUUUUAAUACUGCUUGUGGUGAAUUAUCACAAAAUAUAAAUGAUUGUUUGCAAAAAUUUAUUGUUCAUGAUGAUACGCAAAAACAAGAUUUACACAAAAUGAAUCAUGAUAUUGAUGGAAAAUUAGAUCGUGCAGAACUCGAUGCUUUACGUGAUUAUAUGGAAAAACAAUUGAAGAAACUUAAAAAAUUAGCGAAAGAACAACAGCAAACUCAACAACAACAUGUACAUGUUAUGUCAGAAGAUGAAGCUGCCGGUCUACGAAAACAACUUAUUCGUUUUCAUUGUAUUAGUUGUGAUCGUCCAAUCGAUGUUCAACCGCAUGCACAGCAGCCAAGUCUUCCUGCAAAUCAAGCUAUGCGUCCUAUUCAGUCACCUCGACCAUAUACAACAUACGAGCUUGACCAAAUACGUCAAUUUCAAAAGAGUCAACAAUUAAAUAAUGAAUUUGGUGGCGGUAUAGCCGAUGUUUAUGCAACUGUACGACAAUGUGGUGGUUCACAUACAAUGACAUUACCAUUUAAACGACAAACAAAAGCACAGUUAGCUGUACCUGAAGAAACAACACUUACAAGAAACGAAGUUGAUAUCAAAGGUCAUGAUGGUGUGAUUUAUAAAGGUAGAAUUGAUGCCGAUAAAUUACCAACUGUUGAUAUACAUAAAAAGAAUUCGGUUGUUUUACGUGCAUCAUUUCCACCACCAAAAUCUCGUACAGAUUCUCAUGGCACACCAGCUAAUUAUCAACAACAACAUGAAUUAUCUGGUAAUGAUGAUGAACGAAAUGAUAUAUCACCACUUAUACCUAAUCUUGAACCAAUUUUACCUCGAGAAGAAUCAUUUACUUAA